ACAAAACACACCAAACAGGUUGAGAUGAGCUCCUGAGGCUCAUUUCCCUUCAUCUUCUCUGUACCUGGUUACACUUUAAAGUAAGAAUCUCAGUAAUGGCCUGUACCUGCACCUCCAUGAGCACCCUGUACUCCUCACUAAGGUUAAAGAAGGUGUCGGACUAAAAAGUCGCACUGAGAAAAGAAGCCGAAGGAAAGGAGCGGCACAUUUAGCACUCAGGAGAAGAUGCGGGGACAGAAACCGGAUGUGGAGGAGCUGCUGAGGCAGUCUCAGACCGAGCUGCUGUGGAUCCGAAGGCAGCUGUCAAUCAUUGCAGCUCGGAACGCCAGUCAUGCCCGGGCCAGAGAGAAGCUGAAACACGAGGUCCUGCCUCUCCACCUGUCCAACGUGAACCGAUUUCGCCUCCUGGAGGAGACAAACCGAACCCUGAAGCUUGAGGUGGCCACACUGAGGCAGCAGAAGCAGCUCUACAAAUCGCUAGAAACAGAAGUGAGUGAGAGGAGGAAGAGGUGUCAGCUUCUCGAGCGGGAGGUGAAGAACAAGAUCUCAGCAUGCCAGAGUUUAAAGCAUGAGCUCCAGCGGGCAAAACAAGAGAGGAAACGCCUCAAUCUCCAGCUGUUCAGUCACAGCCUGAAGGCGGAGCAGUACGAGGAGGUAAAGUCGGACUAUGUGCAGCUCAGAGAGAAGUUGGCGAGUGUAAGCGAGGAGAGGGACUCAGCAAGACGGGAAAAAGAUGAGCUCCAAGGCAAACUGGAGAAUCUUGAGCAGGACCUGAAGCAUAUGUGCGAGGCUGCAGAAGCGAGGCAGCAGCUGGAGGCAGAGCAUGAACAGGCCCUGGAGAUCCUCAGCUCCACACAGCAGGAGAUCCAGCUUCUGCGAAAGGCUCAGGUUGAGGCUGAUAAAGAGCAUGAACAAAAGGUUCAUCUGCUAAAGGUCAAAGUUCACAACCUGGAACAAAAAUGCCGAAGUCAGAGUGAAAAGUGUAACAUUCUGUCCAAGGAGUUGGAGAAAUUUCACUUGGGUUUGCAUACUGAUCCUGAGCGCUGGCCAGAAACCAUCGCGUCACGGAGAGCAAUCUGUAACCUCCUCAACGAGCUGCGGGGUCGCACUGGGAAAGGUGAUGAGAGAUCUGCAGGUUCUCCGCUAAUCUCUGAGCUCCUCCAGCCACUGCAGGUCAGCAGAGACACGCCUGAGACGCCGUUGCACAUUGACAUCGCCAUAACAGCAAGACCCCAGUCAAUGAGCACUUCAGAGAUGGAUGAUGAGGUGAGUUCAGCUCCAAGGACCAAGGCAAGAUACACAGGACAGGUUCGUCUCUGCACGGCCCGCUACAGUUAUAAUCCUUACGAUGGGCCUAAUGAGCAUCCUGAGGCUGAGCUGCCUCUUGUUGCUGGGAAAUAUCUCUAUGUGUAUGGAGACAUGGAUGAUGAUGGAUUCUAUGAAGGAGAGCUGCUGGAUGGCCAGCGUGGCUUGGUCCCUUCUAAUUUUGUGGAGUUUGUCCAGGACAAGGAGAAGCCAUCGGUGGAUGGAGCAGAGGAUCUGGGUCAGAUGGAGCAUGGCUGUUUAAGCCUGACAGCCAUAGACGGAGGUAUUUCCCUUGACAGCCUAAGUAUUGACUCUCUCGGGCCCUGCAGUAAUGGGACUGGCACUCUGGAUGCUGAGGAGCUGGCUGAUGACAUUGUGCCUUACCCGAGAAAAAUCAACUUAAUCAAACAGCUGGCAAGGAGUGUCAUUGUGGCUUGGGAGCAACCUCUAGUGCCCCUCGGUUGGGGCAACAUCAAUGGCUACAAUGUUUUAGUGGAUGGGGAGGUGCGCGCCACUGUGCCCUUUGGUGGCAGGACCAAACUCCUGGUGGAGAAGCUGGAUCUGGCUGCCUGCACAUACCGUGUGUCAGUGCAGAGCGUGACGGACCGAGGCCUGUCUGAUGAGCUCCGCUGCACCAUGCUGGUGGGACGGAAUGUCACAGUGGCCCCGACGGGCCUGCGCUUGGACGACAUCAUGCGUGACUCAGCAGAGCUCUCCUGGCUCCCCAGCAACAGCAACUACUCCCACACGGUGUUUUUGGAUGGAGUUGAGUAUGCCAUGGUGAAGCCGUGCUGUUACAGACUGCACUUCAGCAACCUGAAAGCCACCACUGUGUACAAGGUGAGGGUGGUGGCCAAACCACACCAGGUGCCCUGGCACAUGCCACUGGAACAGCGAGAGAAAAAGGAGGCCGGGGUUGAGUUCUGCACACAGGCUGCAGGCCCUCCUCUGCCACCCAGUGACGUGCAGGUGCAGUGCGGACAGGCUCCAGGGAUUCUGCAGGUCCACUGGAAGCCUCCAUUGUUGACGCCCUUGGGGACCUCCAAUGGUGCCAAUGUCAUUGGCUAUGCAGUGUGCACCAAGGGACAGAGGAUUGCUGAGGUGUUAUACCCACUGGCUGACUUUGCAACAGUGGAUCUGAACUGUAUCCAGUGUUUGGAGGCCCGUGAGGUCGUGGUCAGAACUUUAUCAGCACAAGGCGAAAGCCAGGACUCGCAUGUCGCUGUCAUUCCUAGCAACCUGCUCGUGCCUCCACCCCAAGUCCUCCUUCCAUCUCACCACAUGCAAUCUCCUCUACCACACCAAGUGCCCCAGCCUCUGCCUCCGCGGCCUGCACUCCCACCGCCAAUGCAGCCUCUUCCCCCUCAUGUUGGCCCUGAUACAAGUUCCCAUCUUCAAACACUUUCCAUUCACCCAAACCAGCCAGUCCCUCAUCUUCAGCCUCAUCCUGUGCCCCACCCUACUCAGCCAUCUCCUCCUCACCUCCAGCCUCUACCUGCUCACCCCUUCCCCCAGCCCCAGCCUACCAUCCCAAUACCUCAGCCCACAAUCCCAAUACCUCAACCCACCAUCCCAAUGCCUCAACCCCACAUUCCCCAGCUGCCUCUUCCCCAGCCACAGAGACCACCAAGUGCCAGAGAACUGGAAACCAAAGAGCAGCUACCAGGCAUGCUUCACCCUGCUGGUGGUCCUGCACAGCCAUGGGAGCCUGUGUGUUCUCCGUCUGGCCUUCCCCCAGCUCUGCCACAUGGACACACUCUCGAAGCACCGCCAUGCCCUAACCGCCGCUCACCUUCUCCUCAGAGAAUCCUCCCCCAGCCCAGAGGCACACUUAUCCCGGAUACAAUGGCCAAAGCCAUCGCCCGUGAAGCUGCCCAAAGAGUGGCUGCAGAGAGCGGGCGGAUGGAGAGGCGAAGUCAGGGCUUUCACUCUCAGAACUCAGAUGAGGAAGAGGAUGAGGAAAGCUAUCAGUCUCGCAGAAGAGGAGCAUCUGUGGAUGACUUCCUCAGGGGCUCAGAACUGGGCAGGCAGUCCCACUACAGUCACAGUGAAGAUUACCAGACAGAAAGCAGCCGAGGUUCAGACCUAUCUGACAUUAUGGAGGAGGAUGAGGAGGAGCUGUACUCUGAAAUGCAACACGAAGAUGGACGACGGCGCAACUCACACAGUGCUCUUAAGGUUGGAGGCAACAUGUCAGGAAGGCUGGAUCGGGACUCAAAUCGGAGGCCAGCUCAUGGAGGUCCUCAACCCCAGCGCAGACCGCUCAUGGUCCCCUCUAUUGAGAUAACCACUGAGAGUAACAGUGAGGGGAACCGUUCUCCGGUCAAGGAGGAUGUUUACUAUGGCCGUGUAGAGCGGCACAGGACGUGGUGUUCACGGAGGCAUGGUGGCCACAGGCCUCCUUAUGGAGGUUACAGGGACCGAGGACGGCGGUCUCCUCCGUACUAUGACGAGUCUGAGCCUGAAGACCCCUUCCGUAUCUUUGUAGCAUUGUUCGACUAUGACCCUCUCUCCAUGUCCCCGAACCCAGAUGCUGCUGAUGAAGAGCUUCCUUUUAAAGAAGGACAGAUCAUCAAGGUGUAUGGGGACAAAGAUACUGAUGGGUUUUAUCGGGGAGAGAUCCGUGGCCGGUCUGGCCUCAUUCCCUGUAACAUGGUGUCAGAGAUACAAGCCGAGGAUGAGGAGACUAUGGAUCAGCUCAUGAAGCAGGGCUUUCUACCCCUCAAUACCCCAGUGGAUAGAAUAGAGCACAGUCGAAAAGGCGGCCGGCACCCGGUGGCUACUAGAAGAAUGGUUGCUCUUUAUGACUAUGACCCCAGGGAGAGUUCACCAAAUGCAGAUGUUGAGGCGGAGCUGACGUUCUGUGCUGGUGACAUCAUCGCUGUAUUUGGGGAGAUAGAUGAAGACGGUUUCUACUAUGGUGAGAUUAAUGGACAUCGUGGUCUGGUUCCCUCCAACUUUCUAGAAGAAGUGCCUGAUGACGUGGAGGUCUAUCUCACAGAGACUCCGUCCCACCAGGAGCAGGAAGAGCCAGUGCCGGCGUCGCGCCCGGAACCUAAACGGGUGCCAGUGGAAAACACGGUUCCAGCGCCUGUCCUGGGAAGACCGGCGUCCCCGAUUGUGCGUCCUCUGCUCCCUGUGGGCCCCGCCCAUCCACUUAGUCCUGCCAGGGGGCCACGAGACCUGAAAAAGAAGAAAGGACUUCUCUCCAAGGGGAAGAAACUGCUCAAGAAGUUCUCAAAGUAAAAACUGAUGCCAUACACAAUCAAAAAAGGGCAACAUAUUCAUGUUUUCAAGAAAAUCUACAGCCAUGUUCAUAUUUAUGUGCCAAAAAGCAUGCAGUACAGGCCAGAAAUUAGGAAGCAACUUGUGGAUUUUUUUUUAUGUGAUCAUGGCUGGUAAUGAAUUCAUUUAUUCAGAAAAAGAGUUUGAUUAAAUGUCUGCACCAUUCAUAGACUAUUUAUUUGUUUUUGCAUCAGAAAUGUGGAGUACACCUUAUACACUUUAACUGGUGUGUUGUAUUCGGAGUGUAUGCCUCAUUUUUCCAUGGAACAUUCUACAUAAAAACAGCUUCGUUUAAACUAGAUGUCAAUAAAUUUGCUUUAAAAAAAAAAAUCACUUGUUUGCUUCCACUGGCCUGUAGUGAAUAUUAUAGCUGCCAGUUUAUCAGGUAAACCUUGCACACAGGUCACUUAGGUGUUCUCACAUACUCAGUGUUUAGCUCAUUUGAAUGGAGUCCUGGUGAGUUCUCCCACUCGGUGCGGUUCUUUAGGCAGGUGAGAACACAGCAAUCACACUCGGAUCCAAGAGCAUCUGAUUCAGGUGGUCUCAGACUGCUUCCAUGUAAACUUGUGCAGUGAGAAAGCGAUUCCAUGAAUCAACCCAACAGUAGGCCAAACGUGCCGUAUAUUUUGGGUUGCAGUAUUUUUUUGGAGAUGCUACCUGUUAAAAGCUGGAUGCAGUACACAAAUGUUUAAACUAAUUAUUUGUGUAAUUAUAUAUCAUCAUCUUCAUGUUGUCUGUGAUUUAAAUUUUUCCAUUGCCAUAUUUUUGACCAAUAAUUGAUCUUGAGCUUGAUAAUAUUUAAUAUUUUUUUGCCUUUUGGUUUGUUUAAUUAUGUGCAGUGUGAAACCAAAUAGCAAAUGAUUCAGACACGGCAGACAGACUAAUAUCUGUGAAAGCACCCCUAAAGAACCUUACUGAUGCCACAAAGAACUAAAACAAGCUUUGCACUGUAUCUGAAAAUAUAUUUAUGAACCUUUACGGUGGGGAAAAAAAUUGUUCAGUUUAUUUUAGCAACAACAACAACAAAAAAAGUAAAAAAUUUUGAUCAAAACAUUUAAGGCAUUGCUCUAAAGCAGGGGUUCUCAAACUUUACGCAAUAUCACUGAAAAAAAAAAUCCACAAACCCCCACAGCACAGAUUUAUUUUAUAAACACAAUCCAAAUAUUCGGUUCAUUAUAAUUUAAAUGUUAUUCGAACUUCGUAACUUUUUAUUCCUGAACUUUCCACCACAGAACACAUUUUUAUUCAAAUUAUCAUUAGAUUCAAAUUGCAAUUAUCCACAGACAUGUUUGUUUUUAGGCUAAUAACUAUAAAAACUCAAUAAUAAAUAGAAUAGCUUUGAUAAUGGGUUGUGAUUUACACCACUGUAACAAAACAAAAAAAAGCCCUACUGACUUUCCUUCAUGGACCCACUUUGACCCCAUGGCUGUAUAGGGCCUUUUUAAGCACCUUUGUUUUUAAGAGUGUAGAAUGAUAGAUUUUCCAAAAAAAAUGGCACUCACAAAAAAGACACACACAUCAUCAUGUCAGUGUCACCAAAAAUAAAACCACCAUCUAAAUAAUAUCUGCUCAGUGAUGGUGCUGUGGUGGUUCCUUUUAACUGGUAGACGGUGUAGAGGAGUGCCAAUACUUUGCACAGAGCAGCAGAUGGGUUACAGUCAAUAAAUAUACACCUAUAAAGUGACCUGUGUGAUGGGUGGAUGUGAUAAACUGGUAAUUUAAUAUAUGUCUAUUAAUAAAUGACUCAAAGCUUCUGUGAUGUAGAAUGUGGAAGUGUAGAACAUGUCCAGUCAUUAUUAAUUCUAUAUUAAUUUUCAUUUAAAUACAUAUCCAAUAUGAUACACACAUUUACCUGGUGUUGUUUAAUAAAUCCAAAAUGUAAGAAUAUUGAAAGCCAAAUCAGUGAAAGUCCUGUGUAGAACCCUAUAAGUGUUUCCCUGUAAGAGUUUCUGGAAGCUAAGAACCCUUAAUUAUCCAAUGAACCCUUAAAGAACCCCUUUUUCAAUACAUUACAACAAAGAGGGUCCCUUUCAGAGAGGAUUAAAAGUAAAAACCCCUUUUAAUAAUCUGAGAACACUUACCUAUCCAAGGAAUCCUUGUGGAACCCUUUUCUCAGUGUAUUAAAUAAAUAUUUACUGUAGGUAUGUGCUACAUAUACUGUAUACUGUACACUUACUCUUAAACAUUUAGAACCCUUAAGGGAAUCCUUAACGGCACUAUGUAGAGCCUUACAACAAAAAAGCACCCUUUUUUUCCCCUAAGAGUGUAUGUAUUAACUGGGUAAGUAUGUGGUACAAUCUCCAAAUUAUUGCACAGUAUUUUCUUCUUAAUGCCUAGACCCUGUUGGGCAUUCAGCUCCUGCUACUUGGUAUGCUCUUAGGGUUCUACAAGGUUUCUUUAAGGGUUUGUCGGUUAAUUAAGGGCUCUUUAGACUCUGAAAAACCUAAAGAGAAACCUUGUUGUAAGUUUCUACAUAGAACGUUUAUGGGUUCCCCCACAGAGACAAACUAACAACCCUUAAGGGUUCUAGACUGAUGCCAUUAAGCACGUCAGGUAUCAGAGGUAUCAUAAAUAUUGGAACAGCAAGGCCAAUUCUUUUGUUUUUGUAUACACUGAAGACAUUUGGGUUUGAGAUCAAAACAUGAAUAUGAGACGAUAGAUCCGAAUUUCAGCUUUCAUUUCCUGAUAUUUACAUCUAGAUGUGUUAAGCAACUUGGAACAUAGCACCUUUUGUUUGAACCCACCCAUUUUUCAAGUGAUCAAAUUGUGACUGUGUUUCUUUUUGCGCAGGUGUGCCCUGUUAGAUUGAUUGUUUAUAGAAUUAAUAGUGCUGAAUGUCUACUCUUAGUUUGAACCCUGGGUUUCUCCUGUGAAGACUGCAUUUAUUGGUAAAAAGGAUAAACCAACAUGAAGUCCAGAGAGCUGUCUAUGGGAGAGCAUAGCCAACAAUUAUAAUGUCCUGAAAAAGAAAGAAACCACUGGUUUACUAACAAAUAAACUUCGAACUGGCCAGCCAAGGAAAACAAUGGCCGUUGAUGACAGAAACAUUGUGAGAGCUGUGAAGCCUCCACAGGGCAGGGGUGAAGGUAUCACAAUCCAAGGUUCAAAGAAGACCUUGAGAACAGAAAUACAGAGACCUUACCACAAGAUGUAAUCCCCUCAUCAGCAGUAAGAAUCAGAAGAUCUGAUAUGAAUUCACAAAGAAAUACAGAGAUGAGCCAGAAAAGUUCUGGAACCAAGAUUAACCUCUACCAAAGUGAUGGAAAGGCCAAUGAGAAAGUGGAGAAAGAAAGGAUCUGCUCAUGAUCCAUAACAUACAAGCUCAUCAGUCAAGCAAGGUGGAGGUAGUGUCAUGGCUUGGGCUUGCAUGGUUCACUAAUCUUUAUUGAUGAUGUAGCUCAUGAUGGUAGCAGCAGAAUGAAUUCAGAAGUCUAUAGAAACAUUCUGUCUGCCAAUUUACAGAGAAAUGCAUCCAAUCUAAUUAGGAGGAACUUCAUCAUGCAGUAAGACAAUGACCCAAAACACACUGCCAACAUAUCAAAGGACUUCACCAGGGGAAAAAAGUGGAAGCUUUUAGACUGGCCAAGUCAAUCACCAGAUUUUAACCCAACUGAGCAUGCAUUACAUCUCUUGAAGAGGAGACUGAAGGGAGAAACCCCCUCACCCCAAACAAUCAACAACUGAAGGAAGCUGCAUUACAAGUCUAGAAAAGCAUCACAAAAGAUGAAUGCGACAGUUUGGUGCUUAUCAGUGGGUCAUCAGCUUGAUGCAGUUUUUGCAAGCAAGGGAUACGCAACCAAAUAUUAAGUGUUAUUUACUUUAAUUGACUUUAAGACUUAUACUUUUGCUCACCUAAAAAUCAAGUAGUCUGACACCAAAGGUGCUGAGUUCUAAGUUGUUUAACAUUUCU